AUGGCUCCAACGCACAUGUAUUCACCUCAACGGUUUGUUGGGUCGUUACCUACCUCGUUUGUUCAACAGCACAACGAUGAACAAACCAAUACAUCUUUCUUGAGUAGUAUUCUACAAUAUGUAAAAUCAAGUCCUGAGAGGGCUGUCAAGAUGUUUACGAGUGCAACGUUUUGGAAGUGGUGCUUGUUCGUCGGAGGUGGUUGCCUGUUGGUCUCUCUUCUUGGCCGAUCUAAAAAAGAGCAACUAUUAGUAUCUCGAUUUGCAAAGCAAGCUGCUACUACCAAAAGUGUGGGUCAAGCAACAAUGAAGAGAGUUAAAGUAUAUGCAGGUCUUCGGAAUGAAGGGGCUACUUGCUAUUUAAAUUCUCUUUUACAAACUCUAUUUCACAUUCCAAAGUUUAGAAGAAGCGUAUUUACAAUGAUGAUGGAUAAGGAGGAUGUGGAUUCAAUUUCUAAAGCAAUGGCUAGAGUAUUUUAUAAUUUACAAAAAGCCUGCGAUCCGAUUGAAGAGGGUCAUUCAUAUACAGGAACAGUUUCCACAAAAUGUUUGAUUGAUAGUUUCGGAUGGACUGGAAAUCAAGUUUUUGAACAGCAUGACAUUCAAGAGGUUGCUCGUAUUCUUCUUGACGACUUACAGCAAAAGAUGAAAAACACCUCUGUUUCAAAAAGUAUUAGCCAACUCUUUUUGGGAAAAGUUGAAAGCGGAAUUGAAUGCAUUAAUGUUGACUUUAGAAGUUCAAAAGAAGAAUCAUUCUAUGACAUACAACUUGAUGUCAAGGGCUGCCGAAAUAUUUAUGACUCCUUCAACAGAUAUGUAAAACCUGAAAUUUUAUCAGGACAGAACAAGUAUCAUGCUGAGGGCUAUGGCCUUCAAGAUGCAAAGAAAUAUUCUACUUUUACACAUUUACCUAAAGUACUCAUGCUUCAUCUGAAACGAUUCGAUUAUACUCCAUUGGGAACCUUACAAAAAGUCACAGAUACGUAUGAAUUUGACGAUCAUAUUAAUUUAACAGAAUUUGUAAAGCAAAAGAAUGGAAAUAAGAAGGAUUACUCGUAUUCCCUCCACGCUGUCUUGAUUCACAAAGGUUCAACCGUUCAUAGUGGUCACUAUGUUGUUGCCAUUAAUGUCAGUGAGGACCUUCAUUCCAAAGAGUGGUAUCUUUUCGAUGAUGCGAAAGCCACAAAAAUUUCAUCCUUUGAGGCCAUACAAGCAAAUUUUGGAGGAUUUAAUACUGCAUACAUGCUUGUCUAUUUGAGAUAUGACGCUAUCGCAGAUAUUGUCAAGCCUAUUUCUUCAAAUGAAAUUCCAGAAAAAUUACGAGAAAUGUUCAGACAUGAAGACAACUCGUGCACAAUCUUGUAG